AUGGCCGCCGCGCUGGAGGACCCCGCGCUGAUCCGUCCCUUCCGCGGGCACCAGGCGGCCGUGACCGGCGUCGCCUUCGGCGCGGGCGCCGCGGGGCUGGCUACCUGUUCUCUGGAUAGGUAUCUCAUGGUGUGGAAGCUGACGGGGCAGUGCAGAGCGUUCAGAUUCGCAGGCCACGCAGACGCCGUGACGGGCGUGCAGUUCUCCCCGGAUGGGCAGCUCGUUGCCUCCGCCUCUCAGGAUCGUACGGUCCGACUGUGGAUUCCUUGCAUUCAUGGAGAAUCAUCAGCCCUGAAAGGCCACACGGCGCCUGUUCGCAGCGUGAGCUUCUCACAUGACGGCCACUUCGUGGUUUCCGCAUCCAAUGAUAAAUCAAUCAAAAUAUGGAGCAUUCACCGCCAGCGCCUCUUCUUUUCUAUAUCCCAGCACACUCGCUGGGUUCGCUGUGCCAGAUUUUCACCUGAUGGAAGGCUAAUAGCAUCUUGCAGUGAAGAUAAAACUGUUAAAAUAUGGGAUACAAGAAAUAAAACAUGUGUUGAUACCUUCAUAGAUUAUGGAGGAUUUGCAAAUUUUGUGGAUUUCAAUCCAAGUGGUACAUGUAUAGCUUCCGCAGGCUCCAAUCAUACAGUGAGACUGUGGGAUAUUCGAAUGAACAAGCUACUCCAGCAUUACAGAGUUCACAGAGCAGGGGUUAACUGUGUGUCGUUCCAUCCUUCCGGUAACUACCUCAUCACUGCUUCUACUGAUGGCACCCUUAAGAUUUUGGACCUCUUGGGAGGAAGACUUAUUUACACACUUCAUGGACACAAGGGACCAGUCCUUUCUGUAGCUUUUUCAAAAGGUGGUGAAAAAUUUGCCUCAGGUGGAGCAGAUGCUCAGGUAUUUCUCUGGAAAACCAAUUUUGAUUCACUUGAUUAUAAAGAAGUUCUUAAGGAACAUAUUAGAAGAGUGCAUACUGAUGACCCUCCUCACCUUCUUGACAUUUACCCAAGGUCACCACAUCCCCAUAAUGAGAGAUUUCAGUCAAUUGAGGUCAACCCUAGCUUUGAUGUGGCUGAUACACAAACACUCGACCCACCCAUCAUAGAGAUAAGUUCCUCUUCAUCUUUCAGUACUCUGGAUGAUGUCAGCAAUGAAUAUUCGCAGUAUCCCCCUGCUUCAGGCUUGGCUGCGAGUCUCAAAAGGAAGUCAGAGAUCGAGAGCGAAUCAGCUAUGCGGAACGUGGAGAAGCAAAGAGGCAUCUCUCCAACCCUGGGUAAUGCUUUGGAGCACAUAGUGGAGCAGCUGGAUGUUUUAACUCUAACUAUUUCAAUACUGGAACAACGGCUCACAUUGACUGAAGAUAAGUUGAAAGAAUGCUUAGAAAAUCAACAAAAAAUGUUACUUCAGGGAAGACAGGCAGAAUAAAAAAUGGAAAUUAUCUUUACU